AAGGUUGGGGACAGCGCUGGCUUGCGCUUUUGGCAUAUUCCCAAAAUAGAGGUAAACAUUUUUCUUCGAAGAUUUUCAUCGAACACCUGUUCUGCGCUCGCCGUAUCAAUGGAGAGGGCAGAGACUGACGCCGUCACCGACGCUGGAACCCACACCUUUCAUCCUUACAAGCUUCUUCUCUCGUGUCCUUCCGGUCUUUCACUGUCUCAGUUUUCGGUGGUUUUUGACGAAGCGUACGACAGAAUUCCUCACCCAGAUGCGGAUUUGGAGAAUUCCAUUUCUGAGAUAUGGAAUAAAAAAAUUCAGAGAAACACAUCAUUGUUCAAUGGAAGCAAAUUUCGGUACGGAGGACAUAUACUGUGCACUGCAGAUGGAUCCAGUCAAGAGUCUCACGUGUGCCUCCACCUGGGUUUGACAGAUUAUCGGACGUUUGUUGGGACAAACUUGAAUUCCUUGUGGGAAAAGUUCUUGGUUACAUCAGAAGAUGACUCUGUACGUUGUCAGCACACUUCAAGUCCCCUAGGCAAUGGUGCCAUUAUUGAGACAUCUGACAAGAAGAUACUUGUGUUGAAACGAAGUAACAAUGUGGGGGAAUUUCCUGGACACUUUGCUUUCCCCGGUGGCCAUCCAGAGCCUGAAGAAGUUGAAAGAGAAUGCCAUCAGCGUGAAAUGAAGUUAAUGGAUUCUGACUUUAUCACCAAGAAGGUUUCUCAGGAAAUGUUUGAUAGCAUUAUUCGUGAAGUUGUUGAAGAAACUGGCGUACCUGUGACAUCCCUUUGCCAGCCAGUUUUCAUUGGUAUAUCCCGCAGGGAGUUGAAUGUUAGACCAGCUGCAUUUUUCUUCAUCAAAUGCGCUCUCGGUUCAAAUGAAGUCAGAGAAUUGUAUUCUAGUGCUCAAGAUGGCUUUGAGUCAACUCAGCUCUAUACAGUCUCAAUGAUGGAAUUGGAGAAUAUGACAUCCAAAAUGCCUGGCUGCCAUCACGGUGGAUAUGCUCUUUAUAAGUUGAUGGUAGAAGCACAGGAGGGUUCCUGAUGGAAGCUCGUGACAACUGCUCAAACUGUAGUAGUCUUUAGUCUCUGAAGUGCUGUAAGCAACACUUUGAGUUUCUAGGUGCCUUUACUUUGAUAAUACACAACAUACGGCAAUGGAUAUGGCCGGAGAAGAUUCUUUUGAAUUUUAUUAAGAUGGACUUUGUAUGCACUAAUACAUUUGUAUACUUUGCAAUUUGAUUCCAAAUAAAGAUCCUAACUAUUUUUCAAUUAUUUAAAAUUUGUUUUCUUCUUUUUA